CUUUGUUUGAUAAUGUAAACACCUAAGUUUUACCAAGUUUUAUUCGUUGAUAUUAAAGGUUGACAUAACUCCAAUUUUUAAAGUUAAAGGCGGAAGCUACAAAUAAAAAACAAGUGUUCACAAAUCUGCUGCUGAAAUGCAAAUGAAUAUAAAUGAAGAUAACACUGAAUUCGAUAACUUAAAAGUUGAAAAACUUUCAAGAGAAGUGCUUAAAACGUUUGCAGAUGAGUUGCCAAAGGAAUGGAGAGAACUAGCUUGUUUCUUGAAUAUCAGUGAUGAAGAAAUAAGUCGAGUGGAACACGAGUACGAUAAAACUCGAGAACAAAUUUAUGAAAUUUUUCAAAGUUGGUUUAGAAAUAAUCCAAACAAAAAAUGGAUUGAUAUUAAAUCAGGAUUGAUAUUCUGUAAACGAAAAGAUGUUAUUGUUAAAUGUCAAAGAAUGCUUACUGUUCGUUCAAUAUUUGGUGUUCAACCAACUGCAGAUAUGUUCUUUAUGCGAGAAAAAGAACUUUCGAAAAUUCAUCAAUAUUUUAACGAUUUACAAGAUAAUAGAAACUCAACUUUAGUAUUAUACUGGUGCCGGGAAGACACAACUUACCAGAAAAUAUUGUGAAAUUCAUCAUGACUUUUAUGAACAUUUUGUUUGGAUAGAUGCACGAUUUAUAAAGUUACAUACUUCAAUGAUAAAUCUUUAUGAAUUAUUAGGGUUUGUUGUUCAAGAUUCUCAAGGCAAUUCUUUUAAUAUAGAAGUAAUUGUUGAGAAAAUUCACAACUAUUAUAAAAACGAAAAAACUCUGUAUAUUUUUGACAAUGUCGACAAUGAAAGCGUUCGAAAUUUGGGAAUGUUUAUUUCAAAGAAACCGAAAUCAUUUACUUUAAUUACAACUCAAUGGAGAAGGUGGUCAAAUAAAGUAAAUCAAAUGUUAAUCGAUGUUUUUUCUUCUAAAGAGGCUUUCGAGUACGUAAAAAAUAGUAUAAAAGAAAACACCGACGAAAAUAUAAAACACCUAAUCAAAGAACUUAGUUAUCAUCCGUUCGCUAUAACUCAAGCAAUAAAGUAUAUAGAGAUACAUAAAAUUUCCACACAAAAAUAUAUAGAUCGAUAUAAAUCAAAUCCUAUAGAAAUACUAGAUGAUGAAUACUUUCCAACGGAAGAAGAAUCAAAGUCUGCUAUAAAAGCAAUCAAUUUAGUGUUAAAAAAAUUAGAAAGAAAAAAAAUUAUUCCAUUAAAAUUACUCAACUGUUUAUCUUAUUGUAAUGGUCAAAGCAUAAAUAAAGAUUUUAUCACUCAAAUCUUUAAACAAAUGACAGUAAAUGAAAAAUAUUUAAUAGAUGAAGCCGUUGGAUUACUAAUAAGUUAUUCUUUACUAGAUCGUUUGAAUGAUGAAAAAUAUUCAAUGCACGAACUGACACAGUUGUCGUGUAAAUAUUUUCAAAAUAAUAACUCAAGUACAAAUACAUAUUUUGAUCUAAUGGAAAAAUAUUUUCAAUUUGAAUUAAUCGAAGUAAAAGCCCAGUGGGCACCAGACGUCAAUCCGACGUCGGAUUUACGUUUGAUUUUCAUCAGCGAUGUCAAAAGACCUAUUCCGACGUUGUUCCGAUGUCAGUAAAAUGACGUCGGGCGAUGUCUUUAUCU